AGCGCGGUCACACUGCACACAACAAAAAAUUCAAUAAAUUAGUAAAGAAAAGGCGGACAUUAGUUUUUCUAUUAAAAUAUCAGCUAAACGCAGCUGCUAAGUGAAAAACAAACAACCAUGGCCAACGUAGAGUCAAUGAUUGUGGAGGAAAAGACGCAGGUGAAGCAGAUUGACCGCGAGAAGACAUGUCCGCUGUUGCUGCGUGUUUUCUGCUCCACGGGCCGCCACCACUCCGUGUCGGAGUACAUGUUUGGCAGUGUGCCAACCAACGAGCUGCAGAUCUACACCUGGCAGGACGCCACCCUCCACGAGCUGACGUCCCUGGUGCGGGAUGUGAAUCCAGAUACGCGCAAAAAGGGCACCUACUUUGACUUUGCCGUGGUGUAUCCAAACUUUCGCAACAAUCACUUCCAGAUGCGCGAAAUCGGAGUGACGUGCACGGGCCAAAAGGGCAUCGACGACAACAAGACGCUCGCCCAAGCAAAAUUCAGCAUUGGCGAUUUUCUGGACAUUUCGAUUACGCCGCCCAACCGCCUGCCGCCCCCAGCUCGCCGCCAGCGACCCUACUGAUGGGGUUGAUUGAUUUAUAAUCGAGAUACAUCUACACGCUAAUCAUUUAAUUUCACUUUCACUUGACACUCAAUGAAAUAUGGACGUAAUUAUACGAUGGAUACA